AUGCGUGGAGAUACUUCUGAAACAAAAGUCUUAUUUUCAAUAGAAAACUUGCCUCAAAUAGGAGAAUUUUACAAUGUUAAGUCCAAGCUAUCUGAAGACGAUUUAAGCUCUUUCUCCGAGCAAAAUUUAAGUUCGAAAUUUAUCAUUGUUGGUGACUCAGGUGUUGGUAAAUCAUGCUUACUCAACAGAAUUGCACACGAUGAGUUUUCUGCUGAAUAUAAAUCUACAAUUGGUGCUUCUUUCACUUCUGCGGAAUGUCUUAUUAAUGGUAAUCGUGUAAAAAUGGCUUUAUGGGAUAUGGCAGGUCAGGAACAAUUCACCUCUGUUAAUAGGCUUUACUUUAGAGGUGCAAACGUUGUUUUCUUAUGUUUUGAUUUAACAAGUCAAAAAUCAUUUGAUAAUGCUUCUCGCUGGCUAUCAGUUGUUCACGAAAAUACUUCAAAUGUUCAUGCAAUCUUCCUUGUUGGCUGUAAAUCAGAUCUCACAAAGGUAGUUGAUGAUAAAGAUAUUUCCAGAUUUUGCACCGAUAACAGAUGUGAAUAUUUCGAAACAUCCUCAAAGGAAUCUAAAAUGACAACAGAAUUAGCUAAAAGAUCUAUUUUCGUUGCUGCAAUUUCAAUUCAACAGUUAAGACAGCAGGCGCCUAAGCAAAAAGUAGUAACUGAGCAGCCAAAACCAGUGAAUCUGGCUCCACCACCAGAAGAAAAGCCAAAGAAGAAAUGCUGCUAA